CUCCCAUGUGUUUCAGUGUUCGCAGGCAGGACGGCCGGAAAAAAAAGGGACGCCAUCUUGCGUUGAUUCGUGUUUAGAAAUGGAAGUUGAUUCAUCACAUCGUCGUGCAAAUGAAUGAAGUGGAUGAAAGCUUUCCCACAAAAACAAAGAUAAUCGUGCAAUUUUAUUCUGAAAUAGUCAAUUUUAAUUCACCACAAUGUCAGGCCGAAAAGAAGAGUUAGAGAAAAAGAAAGCAAAGCUUCAAGCUAUUCGGGAAGAGAAGGAAAGAAGACGGAGGGAGAAGGAACAGAAAGAUAUAGAAGAAGCUGCAUCUAGAGCUCAGUAUGGGGAAAAAGAAAAAGACCAAAGAAAAGAGCUAGAAGAUAUGUUAACAUCCUUAGGUAUUGCUCCGCCUUCAGAUGUUAUGUCUAGUUUGUCUAGUAUGCCAUCUCUUUCAGCAGAGCAUAGUGAUAAUGCCACUCCUGAUUCAAGUCUUACUCUAAAUUCAGCAUCCCCAAUCACACCAGCUAGCAAGAAGAAAUCCUCGCAAUUAAGUGUGGUCUCUGUUCAAUCCACGACUAUUCCUCCUAAAGAGACAGUGACAUAUGCCAAACAAACUCAAACAGUCACAGCGAGUGGUCAUGAGAGAGACGGAUCUUCUUCCUCCUCUUCUCCGUUGAAAGGAUACUUCGAGGACUGGUGGAGGCCCCGUAAAGCUCACGCCUUCGACUAUUACGACGAGUACAAUCUAAACCCUGGUUUAGAAUGGGAGGAUGAGUUCACAGCGGAAGAGGAAGAGAGCUCCCUACCUCACAUGGAUGGUGGACGUGGCGGUGGAGCGUUUCAUGGAAAGCUGCCUCCUGGGAUUCUGCCUCAUGGACUUCCGCAAGUCAAGGAUGUUCAACCUGCUCAGACACCAUUAGAACAACAGAAAGAAGAAAAGAAGAAAGAAGUGAGAGAAUUAAGUGAGGAAGAAAAACAAAUGAUAGUUUUGUCAGAGGACUUCCAAAGAUUUGUGGAUCGUGCAGGACGCAUUGUAGAAAGAGCCUUAGCAGAGUCCACAGAUAUUUACAUUGAUUAUACUGGUGUAGAUGAUGGGGAUGAGGGAGGUGAUGACAAAUCCAAUCUGCGUCUCUCUUUAAACCGCUUUUUCCAUGAUGAAAGGUGGUCUCGCAACAGGCCAGUCACAUCCAUGGAUUGGUCACCUCAGUUUCCAGAGUUACUUGUAGCAUCAUACCAGAAUAAUCAGGACUCCCCCAAUGAUCCCGAUGGUGUAUGCCUUGUGUGGAAUACCAAAUUUAAGAAAACAACUCCUGAGUACAUCUUUCAUUGUCAAUCACCAGUAAUGGCAGCAUCAUUUGCGAGGUUUCAUCCAAACUUAAUUCUUGGUGGUACUUACUCUGGUCAAAUUGUUGUUUGGGACAACCGAGUCCAAAAGCGCACUCCAAUCCAACGCACUCCUCUGUCUGCUUCUGCCCACACACACCCAGUGUAUUGUUUGAGUGUUGUUGGUACACCCAACGCACACAACUUGUUAAGCAUAUCAACUGAUGGGCGUCUGUGCUCGUGGAGCUUAGAUAUGCUUUCCAGCCCUCAAGAAACAAUGGAUUUGCACCACCCUCGUCAGACUAAACCAGUUGCUGUAACAUGUAUGGCAUUUCCCAAUAAUGAAGUUAACAAUUUCAUUCUUGGGAGUGAAGAAGGAGCUGUCUAUUCAGCUUGCCGUCAUGGAACAAAAGCUGGGGUCACAGAACAAUAUGAAGGCCAUCAGGGGCCAAUCACUGGAAUUUCGUCUCAUGCUGCCCAGGGUGGAGUGGAUUUUUCAAAUCUCUUCCUCACAUCUUCCUUUGAUUGGACUGUUAAACUAUGGACUACCAAGGAAACAAAGCCUCUAUACUCUUUUGAGGACAAUGGUGAUUAUGUUUAUGAUGUUGCGUGGUCUCCUACACACCCUGCUCUCUUUGCAUCUGUAGAUGGUUUUGGGCGGCUAGAUUUAUGGAACCUUAAUCAGGACACAGAAGUUCCCAUGGUUUCUGCUAUUGUGGAUGGUAAUCCUGCUCUGAAUAGAGUUUCAUGGACACCUUCAGGUCUUCAUGUUACAGUUGGUGAUGAUCAAGGGAAAAUAUGGGUUUAUGAUGUUGGUGAGCAACUGGCACAUCCCCGCCUUGAUGAGUGGAACCGAUUUGUUUACACACUUCAAGAAUUAAAGAGCAAUCAGACUGAUGAAGAGAUGGAAAAGCUUAGUGGGAAUGCUCCAAGUGGGCCAAGUAGUUUGUCAAGUCUUGCAUCUAUUGCCUCUCGGUGAAAAAUGCUGUGUACACAGUAUGUAGUCAUACUUGAAGUCAUUCCUAAAUUACUUAUGUAAAUACAUUGUUGCUCUUUUGGCUUUAUCUGGUUUUUCACAUACCAUUGCUUGUGGUACUUUCUUGUUAAUUUUAACACCUUUCUUUAAACAAAAUAAUUUAUUAUUGCAUUAUUGACAAAGUGUCAAUAAGGAUUAUAAACACAAAUCAACUGCUUUGCUAACAAUUAUUGUUCUCUUGUGUUGUCUGUAUGUGCUGUGAGCUAUUCUGAUUUCUUUUAAAGUUUAUUGAAUUUUGAGAUCCUGUGUUAUUAAUUAAAAAUAUCAACUCAUUA